AUGAUCACUACCGUACAGGAGGCCAUUGUUGUCGCAGACGGGAAUAACGGUGAGCCCCUUGCCAAUGUUGCUCUCUUUGCUGCCGGAAAAGACCUCCAGAUGGAGCUGGUAGGCCUUGACGGAACUAGAACCCCCGGUGCCCCUUCUUCGGGGUUAUUGCGCCCACUUGUGGUUCAUCCAAUCAGCACCACCAGCAGUCCAGCCGUAGCGGCCUUCAACCCACUCCACGCAUUCGCCCCAAGUAAUAAUCAGAAGACGGACGUGGUUGGAGAAUCUGUCUGUCUCCCAGGAUCUGAAGCCGUAAUGAGUAACUGGGCGAACUGGUAUGCAGCGGAUCCCGAUGCCCAGCGCACGCCAAUCUGGGCAUCCUCCAGCCCACCUCAGCUGUGGCGCGGUUCGCAAAGCCUCACGGACUCAACCCAGACGACCUCCCCAAUCACAGAAUCUCGCCACAAUUUCGCAACUAGUACUUCUUUCGAGCAUCUUUCAAAGUCAAGUGCCUGUUUCAACAGAUUCUUCGCUUCUCGAAAAGACGCCGUUUUUGAUGGACCUGUCACUGAUCACGGUCCGGUCCCACCACUGACAUGCGGUGGUCUAGAUGCAAGCACUCUCGCCCUCUGCGCCUCAGCACAAUGGCGUCCCCAAGGUUCUGGACAGAUCCAGUUGUGGCAGUUCCUGUUAGAACUUCUCGCGGACGCCCGCAACAUUAAUCACAUUGCCUGGGAGGGCACAGAAGGCGAAUUCCGUCUGGUCGAUCCCGAUGAGGUUGCUCGAAAGUGGGGUGAACGCAAAUCAAAGCCGAACAUGAACUACGACAAGCUGAGUCGUGCCUUACGCUACUACUACGACAAGAAUAUCAUGUCCAAGGUACACGGCAAGCGGUACGCCUACAAGUUCGAUUUCGCGGGCCUUACGCAAGUCAUCCAUCCUUCAGGAAGCUCCUUAUGGGCUCCCUGUGGGCUCAGUUUCGUGCCAGGGCUAACAACAUGGCCCGCUACGCCGACUGCGAAGGCUGCGCUGACGAGUGAUGGUCCCCUGAGAAACUGUACCUCGGACACC